UGAUAACACGGCUACACCAUUCACCACAAAACGGGUGGCGUUAUUUCGGAUGUCAAUGAGUGUAUUUAUUGAACAGACGUAUUACAUGCUACAGUUUAAAGUAACACCGUUUUUUUUCAGACGAGUAGGGAAUGAGAUGUGACCCACAAUAUAAACAAAAAUAUAUAGGGUAAACUAGUAGAUAAACUGGUUACGUUUUCCCUGGAUGAGGUUCCGUGGUUGAAACCAAAAAUGGCGCUGGUUUGUGUCAGUCCGAAGUGAAACUUUCCCUGAUGAAAAGGAAAUCACUCAAUCAUAACAACAUUUUUUGGAUUAUUUUUGUGGGUUCCCAUUCUGUAUUGUCAUGUGGAUAUAACUUGGUUUUCCAUUUCAAACUAUAUUGGACGACAGGCGGAUGUUGACCCUAAUGGAAUACUGAGCCCGAGCGGUGGGCUUUUCUGAAGUUAGCUAACGCUCACGCAAGCAAGUGCCUUUCGUUGUAAGCAUAUCGUUUUCGAUUUAGCCAGUAAGCUUGCUAGUUAGCUUACUGAAUGUUAUUAGCUUGCUAGCUUGCUAUCAUGGUAGCUCCCGUCAAAAUCUAGAUACAAUAUAGCAGUUUAGUUGUCAACCUUUAGUAAUAUUCAGCUCACGGCGGACAUUUGGAACAAUACCGAUUUAUAUCUUUUGUUUUGAAAUUGAGGUCAGUGCUUCCGUGUUUAUUUUACGUCAUCCACCUCCAAUUAAGUUGGAUACCCGUCAAUGUGUUCCAUGCCACAAUAUAUUUGAUUUGCUAGCAGCACUUCUUCUGGCAAAUCAAUGGAUAAGCUUCAGGACCUCAACCAAUCUGAGUUGCAGGAUUUGCUGGACAACUCGGAACGGGUGGAGUCAAUGGCACUGGAAUCAGACGAGAUCCAGAACAUCCAGCUGGAGCGAGAGAUGGCCCUGGCCUCCAACCGCAGCCUGGCCGAGAGAAACCUGGACAUGAAGCCAAGGCUAGAACAAGAGAGGGAGCGCCUAGUGGAACGCUACUCCGAGCUGGAGGAAGUGCGAGAUAGAUAUAAGCAGCGGUGCUCUCUGAGAGACAAUGAAAUGGGGAAGGUGUCACCUGAGGUGCUGUUCUCCCGUCUUCAGGCAGAGGGCGCUAGCACAGAGGCAGAGUCAGAGACACUAGCAGAAGAUUUUUUGGAAGGUUCCUUGUCUCUGGACUCCUUCUUGGAUCGCUUCCUCUCCCUCCGCUCCCUUGCUCACAAAAGACGAGUACGGAUAGAGAAGCUACAGGAGAUUUUGCGCCAAAAGAGCCAAGCUGUGGGUGACAACGCAGCUGUCAUGACGACACAGUCCUGCGCCAACCAGGAUCCAGCAGUGACAUCCUCCCCAUGGCAUCCCAGCCAGCCGCACCCGCACCCACAGCCACAGAGUGUGUCCAAGCCCAGCAGCAGCUUCUCAAACUCCCCCCAGAAUGCCUCCAGCUCUGCCCUGCCCUACAGCCCCUUCCCUGUGGCUCCUUCUGCCCAGCCCUCAACUGCCUCUGCAGCAGGCCCCACCAAUCCCCCAGGUCAGUUUCCACACUAUCCCAGCCCAGGGUCCUCCUUCACCCCCGCGGCAGGUUAUGCUGCCUCCCAGCCUACCUUUGGCCCUGGGCCCUGCCCUUACCCCACCCAGCCAGCUUUCUCUGGCCUCCCUGGGCCUCCCUUUGGGCAGUUUGGCCCCAGCCCAGCCCCCUAUCCUUCUGCAUAUCCUUACCCGGCGGGCUACAGCUACCCCACUGGUCCCAGCUUGCCACCCUCCCAGCCAAACACGGGCAGGCCUGUCUACCAGUCUGGAUUUAGGGUACCACAGUCCUACUCCUGAGUCCCUCUUUCCAUCUCAUUUGCUCCUCUGCCGUGCCCUCUCUUUCACCAUCUUCCCCCAGUCUAUGAUGCUGUCUUUGUCAUCCUUUGUCAUAUCUCUUUCUCUCUCAUCUGUCACCUGCCACCACCCCACUCUCUUUCUCUCCUUUCACCAGCCCCCCCCCCC